AUGGAGCACAUUAAUGAAAAUGAAGCUACUGCAAGUGAGAUGAAGGCUCUCCUUGCGGAGCUUCAAGACAUUGAUGGUGGGAUGGAAGCUAUCACCAUGGACCCGCCCAAUCGGUCUUUGAAUAAUGGGCCCAAACUGACCACAGAUCAGCCCCACAGUCGCCGAACUCAUCGCUUAGUAACUAAAAUUCCUAAACCUAUGAGCGGUCAGCUUCUCGCCCGUGAUGAGGGAAAUUCUUCGGCACCCACUGCGGCGGAACGUAGACGCAACUCCACGACGAGCGGUGGCAAAACGCCUGGGUUUUCGACCUACUCUAUUUCACCAAGCAGCUGUAGUGGCUUAAGCGAACAAUCCAAGAGACACACACCAACUCCCUUGGGCAUUCGGUUGGCUCCGAUCGAUUCUUUAGGUGACAAUUCAAAGUCUGAUAGUCCCUCAAAACAAAAGGUCUCUAGAUAUAGCUUGAAACCAUUCACAGCCACACUCCCUGGUACUCCUAAUGUCUUGCCACCACUUUCGACUGAUGAUGCGAUCGCCACUUCUCCAGUGAUUGCACAGACUCCACCUCCAGAUUCGGAAAAGGGUUCUCUUCGGCUUAACAAAAAUCAGCAAAACGCGACCGAAAGAGAUAGGUUGCCACAAAAAGCUGAUUGCUCUGUCUCAGCGAACGGAAAUCCGAACAACACAACCCGUUCAGGAGAUUACAACUUUGAAGUUAACUUUCUACCGAUUAUGUGCGCGCUCCAUCUAACUCAGGGUGGGCUGAAGCCACAGCCACGCUGGGGUCACACCCUCACGCCUGUUGGCGAUGAGCAUCUUUUUAUGUUCGGUGGUAUGGAGGCAACUAGUGCAGAGAGCAACUCCUUGAUGGUAUUUGACACGAUCUCCAACGAAUGGAGGCCGGCCUACGUGCUGCCGAAAGAUGGUGUCUCGAAGAUGCGGUCAUCACCCCCUCCAACCACGCGGUACAACCACGCUGCGUGUGCAUAUGAGGGGAGCUGUCUGAUCAUCUAUGGCGGUGUCGCGGUCCACGGCCAUCUGGUCUAUAAUGACAUCCAUAUGUAUAAUUCUCUAACUUGCACCUGGAAGUGCUUAUGGCACGGCCCACCCUCUGAUACAGCUAAAAGUCAGAGCGACACCAGCAGCGUUGGCUCUAAAAAGCACAAGAAAAACGAGCCUGUCGCGCGUUUCGGACAUUCCAUGGUAGUUCGUGAUGAUCGACUUUACAUCUUUGGCGGUAAGGUUGUAGGCCAGGAAGGCAUGAUGACUACGAAGAGCACCGAUGUGUAUGUCUUUUCUGUGAGCUCGCGCUCCUGGAAAAAACGUAUUAGACUGAACGGAAUGGCCACAGAUGAUUAUCCAGAUACAAAAUCGCCGAAGAAGCUAAACACCACCGUGUCGGGGAUCAUUGAUAUAGACAAGCAGGCCUCGGAAACUGGUAGCCCGGAAGACCUGAUGGUGAUAAGGAAACCCCAAUCUGAUGUAUGCGCACUGUGUGCACGAGCUUAUCACGCGUCAACCGUGAAAGGAGAUAUCAUGUACAUCAACGGUGGCACCGGGGAGGACGGAAACAUCCUAAAUGAUACCUGGCAGCUGAACCUAAAAACAGGUGUGUGGACUUGCCUUCAUAAUGGCGAUACUGGCGGCGCGAUCCCUCGAGAACGUCACGCUAUGUUUGCCUGCGGUGAGGCUAUCAUGGUGAUUGGGGGGUGUAGUUCGACUCCCCAAAGUGCGAGUGUCAUGACGAAGUUUGCCCACUUCGUGUCUGUAUUACCCUUGCUGGGCCAAGCCACCCCCUGUUGGAUUCCCGUGGCGAUGGGCAAUGCCUCUAUUAUUGCUCCUAACAAGAAAAACUUUGCCGCGGCGUUCUGCGGUGGGUUUGUGUACGUCUUUGGCGGCACCGGUGGAUCGGAGUCAAUCAGCAACAGCAUGGUCUAUUUUCUCGCCACAGACGGGUAUGCAUCUGAGGACGGCAAGGACGCGGUCGUCGAUAGCGAUGAAUCGCUACGCCUUAUGAUGCAGAGUCUUCAAGACAAAGGAAGCCUCACCGUGCCCUACGAUGUGCUGGUCGUCGCGGACAUCGCUGGUGGUGAUACUGGAGAAGGCAAGGGUAAGGACGGUGUAGGCAUAGGCGGGGAGUCUCUACGCGGUGCAUCGGCCUCUCCGGACAGCCGGUACCAAGUGGGUUUACAUCGCGUGAUCCUGCAGCAACGGGCACCAAAGUUCUUGGAAAGCCUCCUGGCGUGCCGUUCAGAGUUCGUGGUGUCUAAUCCUGAGAAAGGGAGGUUAGAUCACCGCAGAGAGUCACAAACGCAGAAACUACGCGACGGUGAUCUCAUGGAUACCGAUCAAGCAAUGGGCAUCGAUGCCAGUUCUGACGGUGGGGAUGCAGUGGAUGCGUUACUGCUAGGGAAAGAUAUCCAUAUCAAAGGAUCCCUUCAUUCCACUUCUGCUUCAGGAUGUUCCACAGCUGCCGUAUCGAAUGAUCUGAUGAUUGGAGGGACGGCAUCUGUCUCCCCGAAUGCCAUGGUUUACUAUGUACAGGGAAAUAAGCGUGUUAAAGGGUUGCCCCACCCUCUCACCGCCGAGGAACUUCGAUGCUUGGCAAAUUACAUCUACUGGGGCGGUCUUAAAGCAAAGUUUCGACUUCUGCUUAAAGAUGACGACGACGACGAGGGUGUUCAAAUGAAAGGGGGUGUCUCUGCUGAGGUCAGCGAGCGACAAAGGCUGCGAUCCGUCCUCAUGUCCCUUCGUACCGCAGCGGAUGACUAUGACUUGAAGCCGCUGCAUGAUCUAACCGAAGCACUUCUUGAGGGUGAUAGGCACCGACUGAGCAAGGCACGUCAAAGCGGUAUGCUUACCCUCCGCAAUGACAUGAUUCAACUUCUGGAUACGGCGAAGGGUGCGACUGUAACGGUCCUCUUCGUUGACCCACAUACUAAACAGCGAAAGGCGCACGCUUUGCAUCCUGUUGUGCUGGCCAGUUCCAGUACUUUCUUUGAACAGCUACUUCGGCCCUUGUUCAAGGAAGGGAAGACUAACGUUAGUGUAGACGGCGUAGUGGCCAAGCUAUCGUGUCCAGAGUUUUCUAUUUUGCGAAAGCGUCUGCCACAAGGGGAGCAGGGACUCCAUACGGGCCCUAUGGAUGCCACAUCGUCUUCGAAAGCGCCCCCACUGACUGGUUCACGGACUUCGAUCGUGGUGGGGCCCGUGUCUGUUCCCUUUCCCGCUAUCCAGAUUUUGUUGCGUUACCUUUAUACGAAGCAGCUCCAGGUGCCCCAGCAGCUGGCCCUCCAGACGAUGAUGGGUGCCCAUCGGCUCGGCCUGUCGCUGCUCAAAGCCCAUUGCGAGGCCAUCGUGGGCCGUUCUGAUGUCAACUAUGAAAGCUGCUGCUCAUUUUAUUUUCUCUCAAAGCGGUACAAGGCUUCGCUGCUGCGGGAAAUGGCCUUAUUGACGAUAGUCUCUGGGUACUCCAAAGUGCGAUCCGAAGCAGCUUUUCGUGACUUGCCAGAUGAGGAUCGUAAAAUUAUUGAUACUGUUUCUAUGGAACUCGGGUCAGACACCUGGGUACCGCCGCAGCAGCCAGCACAAGAGAUCAAGCCUCUGAGUGAGUAUGCUUCCCGGUGGAAUGCCAUUUCUCAUUGGUGA